UGCUGAGUACUCCUGCUCGCGAGCCGCAGAGUUGCCCAACGGCUUUCAGUCUGGGCGGCGACCCGGCGCUCUGGCCCAGCCAUGCUGCUUCUCCUGGCACUGCUUGCUGAGUUUGGAAAGCUGCACGCCAGCAUGGGUUCUGAAGGAAUAUUCCUGCACCUCACAGUCCCACAGAAAAUAAGGUCGAAUGAGAGUGAAGGUGCAAAGAGGCAGGUGGUUUAUAUUAUUACAAUUGAUGAAAAACCAUACACUCUGCAUCUCACAAAACACUCAUUCCUAUCCAAGAAUUUUUUGGUUUAUACAUUUAAUGAAACAGGGUCUUUGCAUACUGAUUCUUCAUAUUCUAAGAUUCAUUGCUAUUACCAAGGAUAUAUUGCAGAUUUUCCAAAUUCAUUUGCAACACUCAGCAUAUGUUCUGGGCUCAGGGGAUUCCUUCAGUUUGAAAAUAUCAGCUAUGGAAUUGAACCAUUGGAAUCUUCAGCAAGAUAUGAGCACAUAAUUUAUCAAGUGAAAAAUGGCAAUCCAGAUAUACCAAUGUUAGCAGAAAAUUACAGCAAUAUUUGGCAGAAAGACCAGACCUAUAAACUUUAUUUAAGCUCACAGGUAACUGCAGUAAUUCUGAUCUUAUGA